AUGGACGACGAACUCGAUACAUCGAAAAUCAAAAGUUGGCGAUCAAUCAUCACCCUAAUAAUCUUUGUUAUUACUAAUAUUAUUGUCCUUUUCCCAUUUCAUAUCCCACUAUACCUGCCUCGAUGGCUCACAAAUGGAGUUCUGGAUGUAUUGAGUGCCAUGCGCAUAAUACCUCAUCGGACUCGCUCUCGAUCCAAUGACAAGCAACCGAUGUUCGUGAAAUUUCGCUUUCCGUUGAACUUUAUCACGGCACCGUUAAUAGCGGAUCUCUUCCUUCUCGCUAUCUUGGCUAUUGGCCGAAAAGAGGUACAUGAUGGAAUAGUUGGCGCAGACAACAUUAAUCCCAUUGAUAUCAUGGUCUUCUUCCUUACACUCGCCUACAUUGCCAUCUCGAUUGACGCCUCUGGCCUCAUCAGAUAUCUGGCCUUUAAGGUUCUCCAAAAGGCAGGCAAGGUCGGCCACCGUCUAUUCUUUUAUCUGUUUGUCUUCUUUUUCGGGCUAGGCAGCUUCAUCGGAAACGACCCAAUCAUUCUGUCCGGUACAGCGUUCCUCGCGUACAUGACCCGCGUGUCAAGCAAUAUCGUCCACCCGAGAGCCUGGAUCCACAGCCAGUUUGCCAUAGCCAACAUUGCCUCCGCAAUUCUUGUCUCCUCCAACCCCACCAACCUGGUCCUUGCUGGCGCCUUCAAGAUCAAGUUCAUUGUCUACACGGCCAACAUGAUUGUCCCUGUAGUUGUGACAGCAAUCGUUCUAUUCCCGUUCCUGCUAUAUAUCAUUUUCGCCGAUGAAUCCCUUAUUCCUUUCUCUAUCACAAUGCAUGAGCUGUCUGAGGAUCAAAAGAAAAAAGCACCCGUGAACCCCAACAUUCCUCAUGCCAGAGGAACCGCCGAAGAGACAGAGGAAACCGAUGAUAAGGAAGGAAAGCAACUCUCACUGGAAGAGAUUAUGAACCCAUUCUUAGACAAAAAGGGCGCAUCUUUUGGGGGGCUCAUUAUGGCCGCCACGCUCAUAACCCUCCUGGCAAUCAAUGCAUCAGGCAAAGAGAAUCCCGUUUUCUGGGUUACAUUGCCCGCUGCUUUUGUGAUGUUCUGCUGGGAUCUCGCAUUUGGUUGGAUCCAUCGCCAUGACACCCGUGAGAUUGCCGCGAAGGGUCGACAGGAGUUUGAAGACGCACAGGCAGAGCGAGAAAUGCGCAAACGAGAGGAGCAUCAAGCAUUACCAGAAAAUAUGGACCCAGAGACGUUAAGGUCGGAGCAGUCCGAGCAAUAUGAUGCUACAGGCCUGCGCCACUGCAGUGAGCACGCAGAUGACGAUAUCGCCUCAAAGAAGCCUUACCUAGAAAGCGGAACUCAAUUUUCACUCUCUGUUGUUGACAAGGAGAAGUUUCCAGAACUACAACUACCAGGCGGUGAGGCGAUAGACAGCAAACAACCAGCUCGUGCAAGUUCUCCCGAGGCACUGGACUCGAGACAAACCACCGACACCACGAUAGAUGAGGAGAAGCGGGGAUAUCCGUAUCAUCAGGACAACGGCCCAUGCACCUUGGCGUCGCUCGCUGGUGAUAUCUAUCGUUGGUCGCAGGAGACAUUCCCCACUGUGACGGUCGUAGUAUCCCACAUGCCUUUUGCACUGGUACCCUUCGCUUUUACGAUGUUCAUUCUAGUGCAGGCACUUGUCACCAAGGGCUGGGUGCCGGUUUUCGCGUAUGGAUGGGACCACUGGGUAGAAAAGACCGGGACAGUAGGCAGUAUCGGUGGGAUGGGAUUCUUAUCUGUGAUUCUGUGCAAUUUUGCUGGCACAAACAUCGGCACUACGAUUCUUCUCUCGCGCGUUAUCCAAGCAUGGCAAAAGAUCCAUGAAGUCAGCGGAAUCCCCAUCAGCGAUCGCACAUGGUGGGCGACUAUCUACAGCAUGGCACUCGGGGUCAAUUAUGGCGCAUUUAGCACUGCGUUUAGUGCUUCGCUGGCUGGGCUGCUGUGGCGGGAUAUCUUGGCGAGAAAGCACAUCCGUGUCGGAAGUCUGGAAUUUGCCCGUGUGAACCUUCCAAUCAUUGCUAUCUCUAUGGUGGUUGGAUGUGCAGUUCUUGCUGGAGAAGUGUAUAUUGUCAGAAGUGCCAACCCCCACGUGCCGGCUUGA